AUGGCGUCGCCCAUGCCUUUUGCCCCCCCGGGCGACUGGAAUCCCAAUAACGGUCAGACGAUGCAGCGAAAUAACGAAGUUGAUGAGUCGGGUGUCCAAGUGAGGCCCAUGGGCCUCAAGGUUCAUUACACCUUCGACAAGGAGGCCAAGGUUAACUGCCUGGCCCGGUCAUCCCAGACUCUCAAUGUACAGACAGUUCCCCUCGACGAGAAGAACUCGAUUGGCAUCGUCGACUUGCGCGCGUGCCUGCAGGCGGUCACCGAUUGCAGCCCCGAACUCGCCAGCCAUGGCAACGAGACCAACACCGAUUUUACCGUCUACUCUCUCGACUACUCGGAACCAGACACACCACUUGUGGGGCAGGGCAUGCUAUCAUGGGCAUUGGAUACGAUGCGUGGUGACUGGGGUGCCCAACCACCCAAGAUGGUCACAGGGCGAGUCACCAAGAACCUCCUCGCCGUCUUUGGAGGAGGCAAUCCCGAGAUCCUAGAGGUCAAGUUGAGAUUUACCGUCUGCCCCAGGGUUCAAAAGCCUGAGCCCACCCAGGAUAUGCAGCUUGCGCGGUCUACAGAGACACUCAUGACACCCGCAGGUGCUGCUGAAUGGAGCUCGUUCCUUCAAUCCAACCCUCAGAUUGGUCACUCAGCACAUGUCUCCCGAGUGGCAUCACCUGCCCUCUCCCAAGGACCUCCAGCCCCCGAAGUCCAGCGGGUAGCCCCAACACCUGUCGACCCGGCAACAGCCCCGAACCAGCCCACGUCAAGACCAGCUAGUAGAAGUUCACGCAAGAGGGCGCCGACAGGGCGUCCCCGUGGUCGACCAAGGAAAAAGCCAGCUGAAGGAAACACUUCAGGAUAUGAGGACGGAACCGAGGGCGAGGAUAGCGGCCCCGCCAAGAAGAAGACCAAGACGGCGACGAACACGACCAAGGAGACAAACCAGGCCAGCCAGACCAAGGAGAUCAAGACGACGAAGCCAGUCAAGACAACCAAGGUUGAAAAGACAGCACCAAACCCAUUCACCUCUGGGCCGGAUUCUCUACGCGUUACUGCCAGUACUGCCAGUUCGCUCCGAAACUUCCGCCCUGUUGGCCCAAGCAAUGAAGCCGUGACUAGCAACCACCUACAGGAAGUUCCUCGAGCUCCUACACCAGUGCCUGAGGGCGGUCCAUUAAAUAUGCCUCGAGGUGGCCCAAAAGGGCCCAAGCCUCGGCGGGAGUCAUCCAUGCGACAAGAAAUGACAGCCAACCUGAGCAACCAAAUUCCCCCGAGGCCUGCCCGCGCCCUCUCUCCAAGCCAGGAGGACGGCCGCUCCCCUGAAUCGGCCAUCGAAACGCCAGCCUACUCAGAAGAUAGCCCGCAGGAUAUCCGCUCGUCUCCUCCAGUUCCUCGAAACGCAUCAUUCAUGCAAUCCAGCCCGCCCAUGUCAAGUCCUAUUCUCCCUCCGAUGCCCGCACCCGUGCCAGAUUCAACUUUUACGGACGACAUCGACGACCUCUUUGAUGAACCCAUUCUCCAGCCGGUCAAGGAGAGUCGGAUUCGAGGACGACCCCCAGUCCCACGAGUGCUAGAAAGUGUAGACAGCACAGGCAUCCCAACUCAGGUCUUCAGGAUAGACGGCCCAGAUGGCCAGGAUCUCGUCCAUAUCCAGAGCUUCAACACACCCCAUCCCACCUCGGGUCCAGUUGGGCCUCAGUUGGAGCCUUCCCUGCCCCUACCUAUGCCCCGAAAGAACCAUGUCCAACCUCAGACAGCCCGAAAUCCCCCCCAAGCGCGACCUCAGCGCCGCUCACCACCAACUCCACCUCCCACCACAGACGCCCCUGAGAAGAUGGCAAGUCCAGUUCCUGUCCGGGUGCCUUGUGCAGCAGAAGCUCCUCAACCUCAGGUUGAGUCCCAAAACCAACCCUGCGAUGGGUUGGAUGAGCCCCUUCUUCAAUUAGUGCGAGCGACCUCAGGUCCUGAGCCCAUGCCUUCAACUGAGACUAAUCAGAUUCCACAAGGAACUCUACCUCCUCGAGAACCAGUCUCUAACCCAGUCAAGCCCCAACCUCGCGGGUCUCGACACCUGAAUCGAUCGCAGUCCGCCGGUAUCUUGCCAUUGCCCUCAGUUCCCGCUAGUGAGCCUGUCAGACCAUCGACACUCUCCGAGUCUCAUCUUGCCGAGCCCAUUAGAGCAUCGACCGAGAUUCCAACAUGCCUUCGUCGAUCUAACUCUAUGGCUCUGCAUCUACCAGUUCCUGCCAGCGACCCUAUUGGCUCAGUCGAAUCGCUAGAGCAUUUGGCCAUGCCUCCACUCCCCGGGGCAUCUUUCCCACAAAGCGAUGCUCUCCCCGGGAUGCCCUCAUCGCCGCCCUACAAAUACAAGAAGAACAUGGUGAAGAAGCACGCGAUCAAGCAGAAGCUGGAAAUGGCUAUUCUGAAUGGAGAGAUGCCUCCUUUCUGUACCAACUGUGGCGCCAUCGAAACACCAACUUGGCGCAAGAUCUGGGUUCAGGAACGCGAGGGAGUUCCCCAGCAUGUCGACUACAAGGACAAGCCCGGACAGAUCACAGCGAUUGAGAUUACAAAGCGAGAUGAGCAAAACGUUCCUCUAGCAUACCGGCUCGUCAAGAAAUCCCUGGGCCUGAAAGACAUUCGAGAUGCUUGGACAGAACAGCUUCUCUGCAACCCGUGUGGUAUCUGGAUAGGCAAAUACCGAAUCCACCGCCCUCAAGAUAAAUGGGACAACGCCUUUGGACCCCUUGGCCAAAGCCGACGAAAGCGUGGAUCCAGCACCAACCCCAACUCCAACUCCUCCCGGGCCAAGAGGGCUCGCACAAAGAGUAUUUCUCACCCCAACCCUACUUCCGAGGCCUACCCAGUUACAGAUCCUCUCGGCCCUGUUCAGCCAUCUUCACCCAAGCAGUCUGGCUCUAUCCUUCCCACCAAGGAGCAGGGAGGCGAUGUGCUAAUGGGCAACACCCUCACUCUCCCUGGCCUCGAUGGGCUGCCAAACAACGACAGGGACCGAUCAAACCCGGGGUCAACUCAUUCCAGAAGUUCCCGAGGACUUGGGACAGCUAACAGCCCCAUCGAAAUGGACAUUGAUGAGGACCUCGGCAACACCCGGCGCUUGUUGUUCUCCUCUCCACAGAAGGAUCCGACCCUGAAGACUCUUGGAGAGAUUAACGCCAACGUUGUCAAGGUGACAGAGGCUCGUCAAGACAAGGAAUUGGCUGUGGAAAAGGAGAAUGUGACCACUGAGGCUCGUGGCGAGAAACAAAGUGAACAAGACGCUCUGGAGGCUUUGUUCCAUAGCCCUGCUCGGCCGUCUACCCCUCCGCCCAAGUCUAAGGCUGAGGCGCAAACCACUCCCUUCAAGACUCCUACACGUCCUACACCAAGCCACCGACCCAUCACCCGCAGCGUCUCGCGAUCUAUUAGAUCUGUGAGGGGCAUGAUGUCUCCUAGCCAGCAGGCACUACUUCAGAAGACGCCUACCAAGACUCCUCGUUCCGCGGGCCUUAGACGGAGCCCGCGGCUGAACGUUGACAACCUUUUUGAUACCCCCACGUGCCGUACCAUCACGCAGUUGCUCUCGGAGCCAUCUUUCGACUUGGAUAACAGCCAAUUCGACUUCUCCAGCCUCCCGAACAUGGAAGUUACCCAGAACAUGAUAGUAGAGUUUGGCAACUUCCUCAGCACCGAUGGUAUCAUGCCCAGCUCUCCUCCCCGAGAUGGUGCCCUGGCUUUUGGCUACAACGGCUCUGAUGAUGUGUGCGCCGAAUGG